UUAGUUAAAUGUUAGGAUAAAUGUUAGGAUCAGGAUAGCAGCGGCAUCUCGCGGCAGAGUCACUUAUCUCUCUAGUCUUUUGUGAUUUAUAAGGAAAAUUGAAAAUUAUCAAAUACAUACCGAGGUGCCCAGGUAACCAACCAAAAUGCUUUCUCCGCCAGUAAACCUCCCGAAAUGGCUCGAGGAGAACUCUCACCUCCUGAAACCGCCGGUCAAUAACUAUUGCGUAUACAACGAAGACUUCACCGUCAUGAUCGUCGGUGGUCCCAACUCCCGGACCGACUACCACAUCAACCAAACCCCUGAGUGGUUUUACCAGUAUAAGGGGGCUAUGAUGCUCAAGGUCGUCGAUGAUGGCAAGUUUAGAGACAUCAUUAUCCGCGAGGGCGAUAUGUUCUUGCUUCCGGGGAAUACCCCGCACAAUCCCGUGCGCUUCGCCAACACUGUCGGAGUCGUGCUUGAGCAGAAACGGCCUCAGGAUACCAUUGAUCGCAUGCGCUGGUACUGCCAGGAGUGCUCCGAGGUUGUCCACGAAGCCGCCUUCCACUGUACCGAUCUAGGUACCCAGAUCAAGGCCGCAAUCGAAAAGUUCAUGUCAAGUGAGGAGAACCGGAAGUGCAAGAAAUGCGGCGAAAUCGCCAACUCUGUUCCAAAACCUGGAUCCAUCAAGGAUCCAAACUUAGAAUAAAGACAAGCCGCUUCAGAGAGGCAAUCGCGGUUGGAGCAAAUUCAUAGUUUGCCCUACAUUUAACGUCCAUGCUUUUUUAUGUCGAGGAAAUCGAUUUCUACAAACUCUACCAGCCGAUCAUAUGAGAGCUCGUGUGCUAUAACAUCACAGUCUAAUAGUUGUGGUCUUUUCUAUGAUUUUCCACCCCUUCUGAACGAUGACGGGUAACGCAAAGUGAGCUAACCUAGCUAACUUAAGUGGGUAUUGAACUGCUACGGCUUUUCUCAUAUUGCGAUGACCAGAAAUACCUAGCAAACAAGUUGAACA